CAUCCCACAGCCGAUAUGGCUCGCCUUGCCAUCGACAGCCACGACCCAGACAUCUUCACCAUCAUCUGCUUCAACGACAGCUUCCAGCUCGCACUCGACCACGCCGCCAUCAAGACUCUCCUCCGAGUGUGCAAGCGGGCCCGGCCUCUCCUGAGCUCCAAGCUGCCUCGCUUCCACAACUGGUGUCAGAGUAUGGAGCUCCUCAAUCCAGAUGGACAGUUGCGGAUCGGCCUCACGCCGAGCGACGAGAUUGCCAUCUCACUUCACUGCGAGGGUCAACAGACGGCCGACCGAAUCUGGCUCGAUAUUCAAGCAGAUCAAGGCAAUGCUGCUGCCUCGUAUCUCCUCGCCCGGAUCCUCCAAAGCAAAGUCUCCCGACGACAGACCGAUGACUCUCCCGACUGGGACACCAUCCACCAGCAAAUCACCACUCUCCUGCAAACGGCCGCAGACAACAACCACCCCAUGGCCCAGUUCCAUCUGGCCGAAUGCUAUUACCAAUGUCUCGGAGUCGACCAGGACCAUGCCAGGGCUGCCGAGCUGUAUCGCCAGGCAGCCAUCCAAGGAUAUCCGCGAGCUCAAGUCGGACUCGGUCGCUGCUUCGAGGGAGGCGAAGGUGUCGAUCAAGGCUUUGACUCAGCCAUCGAAUGGUAUUCCAAGGCCGCCGACCAGGGCAGCGAGGAUGGUCGACUCCAUAUCGUAUAUCUGAUGGCCGUGUGUGUGUUCCAAGGAUUCGGAACCACCGAGGACGAGAAGAAGGCAGCUGGUAUAUUCGAGCAACUCGCCAACGACGGUCACAGCGAUAGCCAAUUGCGGAUCGGAGGGUGCUACUACUGGGGUCGCGGAGUGUUGGUAGACAGCCAGAAGUCAUUCGAGUGGUAUAGCAAGUCGGCCGACCGAGGCAAUUCGUAUGGACAGUGGUGGGUUGGUGUGUGCUAUUCCAACGGAUACGGAACCGCCAAGGAUGUUGCCAAGGCAGUAGAGUGGUAUCGCCGGUCGGCCGAGCAAGGAAAUCGAUACGGACAGUGCUGGAUCGGUUUCCGCAGCGAGAUGGGCUAUGGUGUCCCUGAGAACGUCGACACUGCCGCCUUUUGGUAUCGCAAGUCAGCCAACCAGGGUUACGAUUGGGCCAUGGACAGCCUUAAGGACAUCGACCAGUGGCCCUGAUCCCCGAGUCCCUCCCGAGUGCAACUUCUAACGCUCAAGUCACUCCAGCCAAACAUGCAACCAGAGCAGCCGAGCAGCCACGCCGUUUUCACCAUCCCAGCAACCACGGUCCCAAACAGCAGACUUGCGGGACGGUACCAUGUGGCAGCAGCAGUUCUCGAGGGGCACUGUAUUUGACAUUCAAUAUAUCACGAUAUACAAAGUGAUGCUGUCCCAUGAGCGGUGGCUCAGGUUGGCAGAUCAUGAA